AUGUCAGGCCCGACGUCAAGCCCAGACUGGAACAGAAGCGGCAGUCCCGCCUACGGCACCUUCGUUCGACCACCGUUCAAUCCGAAUCCCACCAAAAGUCAUGACAGCAAUGACAGUGCUAUUGCACCCUCCAACAAUAGCGGCGACGGAGUCUCACCUACUACGCGCAGACCGUCACCAGAGCGGAAGCCGUCAAGGCACAUCGAGUUUAGAAAGUACUUGAAGCGUCCCCAUAUGAUGGAAACGCAGAGAACGCUGAGCGAUGCAUUGAGAUCGGCAAAGAGUAGAGAGGAACAGGAAACAUUGCUUCCUGAAGAGGACUAUGCCGGUGCCGACGGAUGCUUCAACGGUCAAGGCGAGCCGAUGGUUACGAGAACUGCUAGUGCGCCUGAUCUGAACAAUAACAAGAAGACGUAUUUCAAUAUUCACAGGAUACGACGUCUUGUCCUCGCAGUGAUCGAGGAUCCAUACACUGUAGAUCAGCUCCGAGAGCCUCGCAUGAACGUUCUCAUCGUAAAACCACUGGUGGAUCGCCUCUACGACGAAGAAGACAUAUCCAUUGUUUACUGUCUGCUCGUCAAUCGCAUGCAGUUCCUUCGAGAGCAGCAGUUUCAGCAACACCAUCAGACUGUCGACCUAACGCGCGCGAAUCUAUGCGAGCUGGUAGCCAUGAAAGUGCUCCGGCGGCAUGAUGAAGAGUCUACAGGAAAGGCUGGCCUAUUACUCCUAGCACAGAUUAUGGUAGCGCCUUUCCAACCGUUCCAAGGCGCGCCAGAUCAGAGCUGUCCGCCGCGUCACAGUUCAGAAUACCAGGGCCAGGGCGAUUAUGAGGGUAAACUAACGGCGCUGGAGGUGGCUAUUGUCUCUGAGAGCAAAGUAUUGCUAGCUGGUUCUGCGAGCCAAAAGGUCAUCGAUGCUAUCUAUCGGGGACGCAUCGUGUAUACCCCGACCGUAUACAUGGAUAUCAUACCAGAUCAUUACAAGCAUAAGCCCAUCUCGCUUUACGAUCCACGGAAGGCGCCGACACUAAACCAGUACCGUCUCAUGGUACCGAGAACACGCAACAUCAUCGAAGUAGUACAGUUCAUCAUACUACUCGCACUAUACUGCUGGUGCAUGACCAUGCGAGAAGACCAUUUUCUAACCGGCGCAGAGAUCGUGUUCUUACUCUACGGUAGCGGCUGGGUGCUUGACGAACUAAUAUCAUGUCUGGAGCACGGCUGGGAGGUACAUACUCAGGAGCUAUGGGCCUUCUUGGAUGUCACGUUUGCUGGCAUCUUUCUCAUAUAUCUUGGGAUGCGGUUCCAUGGGUGGAUGAUGGGCCAAGACGAGACGGGUAGACAAGCCCUCGACGUCCUGGCUAUCGCCUCGCCAAUACUAUUUCCGCGCAUCGCAUUCAAUCUUAUGCCCGAGAACAUGCUUUUCAUCGCACUUAGAGCGAUGGUUAAGGAAUUUACUGCAUUGAGUCUGAUCGCCGUAUGGUGCUUCGGGGGCUUCCUUUUGGCGCUUAAAUGGUUGAGCAUCAGCAACCCUGCGGUCGGCUACGAAGACUCACCAAACUCGAUCACCAUCUCAAAGUGGAUGCUAUGGAUCUGGUUUGGUCUGGAUGGUACAGGCAUCGAUGAAGCUCCCGGUUUCCAUGAGAUACUCGGGCCCACCCUGAUGGUCAUCUACGCUUUUCUGGGUAACACCCUAUUCUUAACAGUAUUGGUGUCGAUCCUCUCCAACACCUUCAGCAAAAUUGCAGCAGAUGCGACAGCAGAAAUCCAAUUCCGUCGAGCGGUGCUUACCUUCGAAGGCGUAAAAUCCGAUUCUCUAUUCGCCUAUCGCCCACCUUUCAACCUAUUCGCGUUCAUCGUCUUACUUCCUCUCAAGUUCAUUCUGUCGCCACGGUGGUUCCACAAGAUCAACGUCUCAGCGAUACGUAUCUUGAACUUUCCGAUCCUCCUCGCUAUCUCACACUACGAGCGACGCUACUUGUGGAAGCCACGUCGCCAACUCAGCAUCAAUGGCCCCGGACCUUCGAAACGUACAACAUGGCUACAAGAUGUUGGCUUCUGGAGGAGCUGGAAGCAGUUGAGUCCGCAUGCCGAUCUGCAGGCUGUGUUUGAAGAGGAGCCACCAGCGGAUAUUGUGCAAAGAAUCGAAGAGGAAGAUGAUCUUGAGGACGCUAUACUCGAAAACAGUUUUGCGGCGACGGGCAUGGGAGCCAGGAGCGUUAGUCCAGGAAGUGCGAUGACAGGUAGAAGGAGGAGGUUGAGUAGUGUGUGGCCGGGACCGGGCUCUUAG